AAAGUGAUUUCUAUAAAUAUGAUCAGAGUAAAUGUUUUACUUUCCAGACAUGGGACUCUUCAGCUCUAAACCUAAACCUGAACCUAAACCUAAACCUGAAACUCCACUUCUCGAUGAACCAUGGAGGGAAAUAAACUGGAGUGACAGACAGGGGGCUCUGCAGGCUGUGAACAACUUCAGACCUCAGACUGAGGAUCAGCAGAUCAGGAUUCUUCUUCAUGGACCAGUUGGAGCUGGAAAGUCCAGUUUCAUCAACUCGGUCCAAAGUGUCUUACUUGGCCGAAUGUACAAACUGGCUUUGGUGGAUAAUGUCUCUCAUGGUUGUUUCACCAAAAAGUACAUAACCUACAAGAUCCAGAAAGAAAGGCCCAAGACCUUUUACCCUUUUGUCUUCAAUGACAUUAUGGGCUUGGAUUCAACCGAAGGUUUCCAGGUGGACGACAUCAAGCUGGCAUUGAUGGGACAUGUGAAGGACGGUUACAAGUUCAAUCCUAAAUCUAAACUUUCUAAGGAGGAUAGGUUUUACAACAAAUCUCCAUCUGUCAACGACCAAGUGCAGGUUCUGGUUUGUGUUGUUCCUGCGGACACCUUAGAGCCGCUGAAAGACAAAACUGUGCAGAAAAUCCGGGACAUCAGGUUGGAAGCCAGUCACCUGGGGAUUCCUCAAGUGGCCAUUCUCACCAAAGUGGAUAAGGCUUGUCCAGAGGUCGGGAAAGAUUUAAAGAACAUCUACAGGAGCAAGCGCCUGAAGGAGAAGAUGGAGGAGUUCAGUAAAGAUACGGGAAUCCCCAUGAACUGCAUCUUUCCCAUCAAGAACUACCACGAAGAAAUCGAGCUCAGUGAUGACGCUGAUGUUUUGAUCCUGAGCACCCUGAGGCACCUCCUCAGCUUUGGAGAAGACUUCCUCAAGUGGAAAGCCGCUCGCCAUUAGCUUUUCUGUUGCUACUGCCAAGUGUCAGUAAAACACUUUGUAAGUGGCCCAGUUUCAUCACAAAUAUUUUUCUUAUCUUUCUACUGUGGUAAUAACUGAAACAGACUGAGAGGUUAGCAUGCACCUUCUGCAGGUUCUGUUCAUUCAUUUGCAUGUUAUGAGAAAUGGGUCAUUAAAAAUGAUGCAAAUAAACAUUUAAUCAUGUUAAAUUCAGAAAGGUCUCACUCUGAUUCAGAUCACAGGGUCACAGCGCCUCCCACUGGCCACAGCUGGUAGUUGGUGGCCAGUGGGAAGAAUAAAUGUUGACUCUCGACUAUUUGGACAUUAAUUGAAAAGUACAUAGUAGAGUUGAGAUGUUUACAGUACAACUCAGGAUUUAAUGUCUUUGGAUUGUAGGACUUAGUACUGAGUUAUC